AUAUGGUUUCACAAAAGAAAUUAUGAAGAAGUACAAGACCUAUGGGAAACCAAUUUUGCAUCUUCUACAAGAUGUCUACAGCUGGCUUCCUCUUGCAACUAUUAUUGACAACCAAGCUCUUAUCUUACAUGGUGGAAUAUCAGAUACUACAGAUUUGAAUUUCCUGAAUUCGUUCCACAGGAACAAGUUAAAGUCUUUGCUGAGACCAGUGAAGUCAAAUAUGGAAGCAGUCCAUGAGCCACAGAGUUUGCAUGGAAAGGUGAUGGAUAUUCUCUGGAGCGAUCCUAAGCAUCAAAAUGGCUGUGCACCAAACAAAUUUCGAGGAGGAGGUUGUUACUUUGGUCCAGAUGUUACUGCCAGAUUGCUGCAGCGUUAUAAUUUGAAAUUGCUCAUCAGAUCUCACCAAUGCAAACAGGAAGGCUAUGAGAUCAGCCAUAAUGGGAAGGUCAUCACUAUUUUUUCUGCCUCAAACUACUAUGAAGAAGGAAGCAAUCGUGGGGCCUACAUAAAACUAAAUCCAGAUUUGAUUCCUCGUUUUGUUCAGUAUCAAGUCAGCAAAUCUACACGUAAGCAGACCCUUCAUCAGAGAGUGACUGCAAUAGAGCUUUCUGCUUUAAAGUGUUUGCGAGAGAAACUUUAUACCCACAAAUCAGACCUCAUUGCAGCUUUUACCCAGUAUGAUCCAAUUUACACAGGAAGGAUUUCCCUUAGUCAGUGGGCUUCUGCCAUGGAAUCUGUUCUGCAUCUUGACCUACCCUGGAGAACUCUCCGUUCGCGAUUAGUUUGCCUGGCUCCCGAUGGAAAUGUGGAAUAUCUUUCAUCUUUUGACAAUUUAGAAAUCAAACUACCCAUCAAAGAGGUUCAGCCAUCUUUGGUGGAAACUCUGUGUAGAUACAAAGCUGAUUUGGAGAUUAUCUUUAAUAUGAUUGACCAAGAUCAUUCUGGCCUUAUUUCUGUUGACGAGUUCCGUCAGACAUGGAAACUCUUUAAUGUGCAUCUGAAGAAUGAUGUGAGUGAUGAAUCCAUUGACAGUUUAGCCCGCACCAUGGAUUUUAACAAAGAUGGUAGCAUUGACUUCAAUGAAUUUCUGGAGGCUUUUCAUGUGGUACAUAAAUUUGAGAAUCGAUACAAUCAUUUAUGA